ACGAGUCGGCGUCGCAUACCGGAUUGACAACACGUAGUUUACUGUAUAAUCUAACGAUUGAUCGUCAAAUACUAGUUUCUGUUCUGCUUUAAAUCCAAUGUUUGUACGCAAUUGUAAUCCCAUUGGUCGAAACGGAUCUUGGAUUGGGGCAUGGAGUGGUCCAAGGAGUAUAACAACUACGAGUGGUCGAAGGACAAGACAUUGAAACUUAUUGAGCUUCUGCAAUUAAACGCUAAUUUGUGGAAUCCGUCGCUCUGUGAUACUCGCAGAGAUAAACAAAAACGAAAAGAAGAGUUGCGUGGUAUUGCCGAAAUAUUACGAAUAUCAGUUUUCGACGCGACUAAGAAAAUACAGCAUUUACGUACACAAUACAACAGAGAGUCGGCGCGAGAAGCUCGAGCUAAUUCAGAAGGGCCCAACAAUAGAUACGUUAGCAAUUGGUACGCAUACGAAUAUUUGCACUUUAUGAAGGACUCAAACAAACCAUAUAGAGUGUUGCAAUCGGAAGAACAGUCUGAUAUCAAUGGCACUUUACAAGCACAUGGUGAUAACUCUGUGAAUGAUUGCAAACUUGAUAAUCUCUCUCCACCACCUAAAAUUGCCCGCACUGAACUACUGCACUCUUUCAAGCCUGAGAUUGUAUAUCCCACAGCCGCUAUAAAUAGAGACGAGUUUACAGUGUUUGGUGAAUAUGUAGCUAAUGAACUAAGGUCACUUAAAGGUGAGAAAAAUUUGUUAGUCGCUAAAAAAAAAAUACAAGAUGUAAUAUUUGAAGUGAAAAUGGGCUUAAUAAACGAGCCCAGAGCAGAGCAAGGUACUACAUGUACAGUUUAUACAACACCUGCAACUCAAUCACAUUCCUCAACUAUACACAAUGGAAAAAUAUAUACAACUCCCAUUAUGAGUACAAUAGCUAGUAUUGAACCUCUUUCAACGUCUCAUACUCCCCCAACCACAGGAAUAAGUGAGAUAAUCAUCAAUGGAGCCUGCCACUACUCUACCUUCAAAGUUGACGAGCAAUAGCAAUGUCAGCCACUUCCUGUGGAAGUGGAUAAAACUGACAACUACACAAUCACAAGUUAAAAAGACUGUGCAAGGAUAUUGUGAUUAAAUAUGUACAAUACAUGUAAUUCUAUAAGCUUAACAAUACUUUUGUGCCAUAAAUGUUAUGUAUAAUUUGUUAAUAAUCAUAGAACAUUCAUGCUUCUGUAAAAUAUCCUUAUGUAAUUACAUCAAAUGUCUAUGACUUUAAACUAAUUUGAAACUUUAAUAUUCUGUACUAUAAAAUGACAAAAACAAAUAUGCAUCAUUGCUCUAAGAUUAUUAAUAUUAUUAUUUAAAUAUUACGCUUAAGAAUAUUGUCAUAUUUUCUAAUGUAUCUAGUCAAUUUAUGAUAACUAUAUUAAGAUAACCCAUUUAUAAUCAUAUAAAAUGUUUUUUGAAUGUUAUAAACAAACAAUAUAUAAGUCAAUAGAAUAUAUUUUUGUUUUUUAAUGAAAUGACAAGAGACCUGUUUUAUGAUCAUAUAGGCUCUGAGGGAUUUUGAAUUGUCAUGUUUAAAUGUUAGCUGCAAUUUAAUUACAAAAUAUAAGGAAUGAAAUUACUGCUAUGUUUGCUUAAAAUAAUUUCUUAACAAAAUAGAACAUAAGAAUGCUUGUUCCGUGAAUUGCCAACUGAGGCUUUUAUUAAAACUUUAUGCACUUAAAAUGAGACAUUGAAAGUAAGGGAUUAAGAUAUUAUGAGAUCACAUAGGCUACUAAUGUAUAUUAAGAAAUCAUGUUUUAUAUCACUGCUGCAAAGCUAUUUUUCACCAUUAUGUAAUGACUACUUAAAAUUAGGUAAAGUGUUAACUCUUUAUAAAGCAAUUCAAAAAUUUCUUGUUUAAUAUUAUUAUAGGUUAGUUAAUGACGUGACUAUUAUUGUUACUAGUUAUUUUAUUACUGUUCAUAUAUUUAAAAGUCUAAAAUCUGUUCAAGUGUAAAGGCACAGGGACAGCUAUGUGGCAAUUGGCAAAAUAGAUACAGUCCACAUAAUACUAUAUUUGAACUUAUUUCCUAAAUAGUAAUUACGUGUCAAAUUUAGUCUCUGCUAUAUCCAAGCUGCUAGAUUUUAAAUCUAUGGUGUUGUUAUUUUGAUAACUUAAUUUGACUUGAAUCUCCAAUUUUCUUAAAAGUAAGUUUUUGUAUCAAUUUUGCAUAACUCCAUCUAUGAUAAACAGAAUAGAUAAAAAUAAUAAAUUCUACAGUUACUUCAAUUUUCUUCAAUACUUAAUAUAUAUUUUAAUACACCUUUCUAAAGUCAGUUUAUCAUCUACUAAGAUGGUUAAAAAAUUAGUUUUUUCUAUGGCCAAAUAUAAAAGGUCAGAAAAAUAACAAAAAAAAACAAUUAUUUAUAACAAACCCUGUUGAAAGACAAAGACGUUGUUUAUAUUUUGGAAAAAAAAUGGUCAAAAUAAAAAUGAUGUUCCAACACUUGUAACUUGAAAACCUAGCCAUAUCAUAUUAAGUAUUCAUUUCUAGUCUAUUAAAUCUUUUAAAAUCAGCUAUAAAAUAUAUUAAAACUUAUUGUAACGGGCUCGUUAGUUGCCUCUAGUCUUAUCUCUAAAGGGGCCGGAGUCCCGGAUCAUUUUAAAUCAUCAAUCAGGUAUUUAUUUCUGUCAAGAAAUUAAUGUACCAGCUAGAAAGUUAGCAGUGUCAAUAAUGCAUAAAAUCUUGUUCAAUCCUGGGUCUAUUCUCUCCUCGGUCGUGAUCGCUGUGCUAUCUGAGUGCGAGACUAAAAGAAUGGGGAAUGCAGCUAUGUCUGCAAAUACUAAAUAUAUAUUUAUGCGAUUCAAUAUUAUCUCAAUUAGAUUAGCCAUCGUGAUCAAAUUCAGCCAGGUCCUCCUGGCUUUAUUUGGUCGCGAUGGUGUCAUCUUUUUUUUAAUACUAAAACAAUGAAUAAAAUUACUUUCGAAAUUUUCGUUAUUUAUGUACAUUACUAUAUAUAUAUACAUAAGCUUUUUUACAGAUAUCGUGUAUAAAUCAAUUAACAAUAUUGUUAUAUAUAAAUAAUAUGUAUGUAUGUAAAUAACAAUCUUAAAGUAAUGUAAGACAGAUCUCAUACUAGUACCGAGUCAUUAAACCGUGUAAAUAUA